AUGCGCGUCAAGCCCCAAGGGCCGUCCGCGGCGCGCCCGCGCCUCUCGCCCACCAACGUCAACGGUGACCGACCAGGGCCCGACUACUUCGCUCCGCCGACGCCGGCCGUCGAGCGCGGUCCGCCUGUGUGGGGCACGAGCGGCACCAGUGACGGUGGUCCUGUCGCCACAGACGAAAACGGCCAGGCGGCGGGCGGGUUCGAGGGCCGGUCCACUUUCCACCAUGACGCGGUCAGCGGCGGCCAGGCGGGCUUUACGUUCGGCGGCAGCAGCGGCGGCUUCGGUGCAGAGGCCGGCCCCGCCGGCAAGGUGAGCGCGCCAGACGGCUGGGCAGCGUCGGCCCCGCCGUCGUUCGCCCUCUCACCGUCGUCGACCGCGUUCAACGCCAAGUUCAACCACCUCCUCCGAGGGCCGUCGUCCAGUGGCGGCCCGGGCACGCCCCUGCACGCACCCGCGAGCUCGCCCUUCUUUCCCUCAUCCGACACUUACGUCGCGAGCCCCGCGGCGACCGCCACCGCCAACCCGUUCAACCUCGCGGCGCCACCCUCCUCCUCCUCCUCCCCCUCGGCACACCCCGUCCCGCCGACGCCCGGCCCGAGUACGACCGCCGGCAUCUCGUUCCCCUCGAGCUCGGCGACGCCGCCGUCCCUGUCGUUCCCCAUGUCGAUGCCGCCCGGGCGUCGCGUCGCCGGUCGACCCUCUUCGCUCUCGGCGCGGCCCUCGGCGUCGUCCGCCCCGGUCGUCGACUCGUCGCGGUACACCCUCUACAACCCGCAGACGCUCUUCAGCGUCCUCCUGAGCUCGGCGCCGCGAGACGGCGCACCCGAUUCGCCUCCCCUCCUCAUCCUCGACAUUCGCCCGCACACCGCCUACGUCGCCGAGCGGCUCACGGGCGCCAUCAACAUCUGCGUCCCGUCGACGCUCCUCCGCCGUCCGGCGUUCGGCAUCGACCGCGUCGCCGAGGGCCUCUCGCCGGCGGACCAGGCCGUCUUCGAGAAGUGGGCGUCGGCCGCCGCCAUCGUCGUCCUCGACAACGAGUCGACGUCGCUCGUCGAAGGAGGCGGCGUCGUGUCGCUCCUGGCCAAGUUCGACAAGGCCGGCUUCGCGGGCAAGCUCGGGUGGGUCAAGGGCGGCUGGUACGCCGUGAGGACGCAGCUGCGCGGCCUCGCCGCCGACGAGCAGCAGGCCCUCCUCCACUCGGGCCCGGCAGGCGGCUCGCCGUCGUCUGCGCCCGGGACGGGCACGUCGACGCCGCUCGACGGCGCCCCGCAGCAGCGUGGCGCCCUGUCGGCGUCCCUCGCGGCCGACCCGACGUCGUCGCCGAGCGGCGCCAGCGCCGGUGCCGGUUCGAAGAAGCACGGCCGGCCCGUCCUCCAGGUCCGGGACCUGCCCGCCGCCGCCUUCCAGCUCGCGUCGACGUCGGCCUACAUGCACGAGUCGGUGCGAGGCGGCGCGCCGGGCAACCCGGGCGCGCUGCCGACGUCCCGUCGCGGCGUCGACGCCAAGACGACCAGCCCGCCGUCGAGCGAGGGCGAGGGCAGCAUCUCGUCGCUCGCGAGCCAGCGGCCCGACAUGGGCAAGCGUCGCAAGAGCGGCAACGAACCGGGCAAGCGCGACCAGCUGCGCACGAGCGCCAACCCGUUCUUCGACAACAUUCGGCAAAACAGCGAGGCUCUGUCCCUCGAGGGCUCGCUCGCGCACCUCACGCCGGUCGAGCUGCCCAACGUCCCUCCCGCCGUCGCCGGCGCCCUCCCUUCUUACCUCCAAGCCCUCCUUCGCCUCUCGCCCAUGUCGCGUGCCGAUCGUCUCGCGCGACAGUUCUACGAGCUCGAGGUCGCCGAGCGCGAGCGCCUCGAGGGCAUGUUCCGGUUCCACGCGCAGCAGACGGCGCUCGAGGCGGGCGAGGCGGGUUCGGGGCAGAAGGGCGGCGCGCAGGGCGGUGCGGCGGCCAAGAGCGACAGCGAUGGAGAGCACUGGGCCAAGUUCGGCAUCUCGGCAGGCGUCGAGCUCGGCCACCUCAACCGCUUCAAGAACAUCUUCCCGUACGAGCACUCGAGGGUGCGGCUCAAGGAGCACUCGCCGUCGGCGACCGACUACGUCAACGCGUCGCACCUCUUCCUGCGCGGCUCGACCAAGCGCUUCAUCGCGUCGCAAGGCCCGCUCCCGACCACGUUCCGCGACUUUUGGCAAAUGUGCGACCAGGAGCACGUCGGCGUCGUCAUCAUGCUCACCAACCUGCGCGAGGCCGGGCGCGACAAGUGCGGCCGGUACUGGGUCCCGCAGCACGACGGCGAGUGGGACGUGAGCGUCGACGGCGAUGCGGCCCACGAGGAGGAGGACCGCGAGCGGCUCGAGCAGGAGGCGGCGAGCGCAGCGAACGGGCCAGGCGGCGGCUUCUUCGCCGCGUUUGGUACCAAGCCCGAGAACGCCGAGCCGAGCGUCAAGGACUCGACCGUCCGCCGCACGAUCACGGUGCAGCGCCGCCCUCGCGAGCAGGCCGCAUCGUCGUCGUCGUCGUCCGCCUCGUCCGCGCCGCGCAAGAUCCGCCACAUCCAGUACCGCGCGUGGCCCGACUUUGACAUCCCCGCCGAGCCGUCCGACGUCGUGGCGCUCGUCGACGAGGUCGACGCCGCCCAGCGCGACUACAUGCGCGAGAUCGGGUGGGACGUCGCCGACCAUGACGGCCUCGAGCCGCCCAUCCUGGCGCAUUGCUCGGCCGGCGUCGGCCGCACCGGCGUCUUCAUCAUGGUCAGCUCGCUCUUGGCCCAGCUGCGGCGGGACCUUGGCGGCCACCUUCCCUCGUCCUCCGAUGGCGCCGCCGCCGCGACCGGCGACGCGAUGGACAUCGACGCGACGGGCGACUCGGCGGCGUCGUCGUCCGGCGCAGCGACGCCGUCGCGACCGCCUCUUGCCGAGCGACAGUCGGACCCCGAGACGUCGCAGCUCUCGGCGGGCCUCUCUCUGUCGUCUCUCGGAGGCCCACCUGCGUCGCCUGGCCCGCCGCCGCACCCGGUCUUGCCGUCGCUCGACGUGCCCGCCCUCGAGCAGCCCGACCCGGUCUUUGCGGGCGUCAACGAGCUGCGCGAGCAGCGCAUGUCGCUCGUCGCCAACGCGCGCCAGUUCCGCAGCGUGUACGAGUGCCUCCUCGAGGGCGCGGUCCGCCUGCUGAAGAAGCGUGGCACCGCAUCGACUUGAAAAGCGCUCGCCCUCCCUCUCUCUCUUCCCCUGUCCUCACACUUUGCCCCCUUUCUAUGUGCAUCUGCCCUCACUCUUGACUCGUUAUUGCAAAGCAUCAAGCGCUCUCUCCCUCUC